GGGAACGUAGCCCGGUGGGAGCUGGCGGUGAAUUCCAGCUGGAAUAAAGGACAGCAAAACUCUCCACUUCCGGGAAACACCCUGCCUACUGAGCCGGUGCCUUUCCCGCUUGCCUGUAUUUAGUGGCGUGCAAGGAUCAGUGUCCGGUCCGGACACCGCCACUGGGGCUUGGGAGACUCCAUCCGGGGGGUGGGGCUCCGCUGUUUCGGUUGAUGGCGGCGGCGUGGCGGUGGUCCACCCGGCGCCGCUCUACGGCUGUCGUUCCCUUCUUUUCCCGCCGGGUCCAUACCCCGCACACAGGUUUAUUUGUUUAUGAUAAUGCCAUGUUUCCAGUCUGUUGCCUGUGAAGCAUCCUAAAGCAUGGAGAACUUCAUUUUGUAUGAGGAGAUUGGAAGAGGAAAUAAGACAGUUGUUUAUAAAGGAAGAAGAAAGGGGACAAUUAAUUUUGUUGCCAUUGUUUGCAGUGAUAAAUGCAAGAGAGCUGGGAUAGCAAACUGGAUUCGUCUGACUCGGGGACUCACACAUAAGAAUAUAAUGACAUUUUAUGAAUGGUAUGAAACAAGCAACAAUCUCUGGCUUGUAGUAGAAUUAUGCACAGGUGGUUCUCUAGAAUCUGUCAUUGCUCAGGAUGAAUGUCUACCAGAAAAUGUGGUGAGAGAAUUUGGUGUUGAGGUGGUUACUGGUUUAUACCAUAUUCAUAAGCAUGGAAUUAUCUAUUGUGAUUUGAAGCCUGGAAAGAUUCUAUUGGAAGGGUCUGGCACUUUGAAAUUCAGUAGUUUUUGCUGGGCUAGAGCAGAUGGUGAAGACUUAGAAAAAGUUUUUGCUUUAGCUGGAGCUGAAGAAGGUGAAGAUAUUAAUGAAAGCACUCUGCAAAGAUACUCUAAAAAUACAGUUCAAGGCUUUCCGUUAUACACAGCUCCUGAAGCAAUAAAGGGGGACUUCUGCAAAGCCAGUGAUCUGUGGUCCCUGGGAUGUUUACUCUAUGAAAUGUUCUCAGGAAAACCACCAUUCUUAUCAGAAAGCCAUUCUGAAUUAAUUGAAAAGAUUUUGUCUGAAGAUCCGUUGCGACCAGCACCAGAGGGUUUUGCUUUUCACAAACCUUCUGCUGACUUCUUCAGUUUGCUUGAUGGGUUACUUCAAAAGGAUCCUCAGAAAAGGCUGAAUUGGACAGACCUAUUGCAGCAUCCGUUCUGGAAAGGAUCCCUUAGCCAUUGUGGUGGUGAAUCUGCAGACAGACAGGGCACAAGCUUGAGCAGAGAAGACACAGUGUCAUCAGUUUCUUGCAGUGCCAGAGAGUCAGUGGAUGCUCAUAAAAGUCUAAAUAACCUGUCAUCCUCAAGGGCAGAUAUUAAAUCAUCAAGCAAUUCUUUCAAAAUAGAAACUCAGACUGAAUUGCGCCCCAAAAGUGUAGUUGAUGGUGAAUCAAAUGAAUCCAUAUUUCUUCUCAGUUCUCGUCCCACGCCUAGAACUAACUCUGCAGUAGAAGUACAUGAUGCUACUACCAUCCCAAUCAAAAAUUCUUCACAAGGAGAUUCGUGCUUGAAAAAAGCUGAAAAUGUGUGCUCAAGUCAGCAGGAUAUGGAGUCAAAAUUGAAAGAGCUCAUUUACACUGAAUCUGAUCUUAUUGUGACACCAAUCAUUGGCAAUCCAAAGAUAAUAAAGCAAGUACCAGUUAGAUUUGACCCGAAAACUUUACAUAUACCAGCAUAUUCAGUUGAGAAGUUGUCAUCUAUGAAAGACGUGGACUGGAAUAACUUCCUGAAAAGAGUGUGUUUCCUGCUUGAUUCCAGCGAGAAGAAUACAGGAGCAGCACGUUCUAAGCUGAACUUACUGUACUAUCUGUGCACUUUGGUUGUCCACAAGGAGAUUGCAAACAGGCUAAUUAGCUCUCAGCUGUUUCCUAUAUUGAUACAGCAGUUGCGUGCAGCCAGCAACUGGGAUAUACGUGCUAAUGCUGCUCGAGUGAUUGGUUUACUGGCAUUACACACAUCUGAACUUGGAGAAGAUGCACCUGUUUGUGAGGCAAUUACACUUUUAACUGAACUAAUCAGAGAGAACUUCAGAAACAGCAAAUUGAAGCAAUGCUUUUUACCUGCACUUGGGGAGCUGCUUUACCUGAUAGCCAGCAAGGAGGAAAAAGGGGAGCACCCCAGGGAAUGCUGGGCCGUUCCCUCAGCUGCUUACACUGUGCUAAUGAGGUGUCUUCGGGAAGGGGAAGAGCGGGUAGUGAACCAUAUCGCAGCAAAGAUAAUUGAAAAUGUUUGUACUACUCGCUCGUGCCAUGCACAAGGAUUUAUUACAGGAGAAAUUGGACCAGUCUUGUGGAACCUUUUCACACAUUCUACAGGAGAUUCUUUGAAGAUAACUCCCAUUUCGGCUUUAUGCAGAAUUACUCGUUCUUCACCCAGUGCUUUCCAGAGCGUCAUUGAAAAAGUGGGAUUAACAGCUGUACUCAAUUCCUUGGCAAAUGGAAUAUGCAAAAUUCAGCAGUACAUGCUCACAAUGUUUUCAGCAAUGUUGUCAUGUGGGAUUCAUCUACAGAGGCUAAUUCAAGAAAAGGAUUUUGUGACUACAAUUACUCGUCUACUUGAAAGUCCUUCAACUUUUAUUCGAGCAAAAGCCUUUCUGGUCUUGCUACAAGUUUUAAUUAAUAACAGGGAGAUGUUGCUCCUCAGUUGUCAAACAAGACUCGUGAUGUAUAUUGAAAGAGACAGCAGAAAGACCAUGCCAGGAAAAGAGCAACAAGGUGGCAGUGAAUACCUGUCAAAAUGCCUGGAUCUUCUCAUCUAUCACAUUGUGAGGGAACUGCCAGGAAUUUUAGGUGACAUUCUCAGUGCCCUAACUAAUGUCUCUGGACGUAAACACCCGUCAACAGUUCAGGCCAAACAGCUGAAGAUGUGCCUUCCUAUGAUGCCUGUAGUGCUUCAUCUUGUGACAUCCCAGGUAUUUCGUCCCCAGAUAGUCACAAAGGAGUUUCUUUUCAACUAUGGCAUCUUACUUGAGUUCAUCAGAUCAAUAGAUUCAGGAGAAACAAAGUUGGAUAGAGCAAUAGGGCAAGCUGCAUCAGAAGAAUUGAUUAAGACUACUUUAUUGACCUUUGAAGCAGUAGCAGAGCAUCCCAGCUUGCUGAUGACCCAUCGCUUGACUAUUGAAGACUCUAUCCUCCCACCACUUGUUUCUUUGGUCCACAGUCAGAAUGUGGAAUGGAGACUCUUCAGCUUGCAGUUGCUCUCAGAAACCACAUCACUGCUUUUAAGCCACAAAGUCACGGCUGAGGAGAGAGGGGAGAGCCUCAACUCGAGCAACAAGCUUCUGUCUCUCAUUAGAAAUCUGCUGCUGCCUCAGUAUGAGCACAUUCUGCUGGCUCCAGACCCAGUACCAAUGUAUGCUCUGAAACUGCUGGUGACCCUGACUGAGCACAGCCCUGCUUCCAUAAGCCUCAUGGAAGAAAUCCGUCUUUUUCCAGUUCUUUUUCAAGUCAUCCUGAGACACCAGAACAGUAUACUUGGUAAUACAAUGCAAACUGUGAUUGCCUUGCUGAAUAAUAUUGUUGCUAACAAAAGUAUGAACAUGAUGAUACUCUUUGAAGAAGGACUGGCUCAUCACGUCUGUAAUCUCCUAAUGGAAGCUAUGGCCCUGUACUUGGAGGCAGAUGAUAAAAGGAGCACCAAGACAGCAAAUGUGGUGCUUCUGUCCUUACUUGACAUUUUGCAAUACAUGCUGACAUAUACAGCAAACAUUGUGCGCCAGACUUUGCAGGCACAGAAAUCUGGUGCAGGAGGGGACACACAGGCUGCUGAAGACCUUCUGCUUAUCAAUAGACCCCUGACGGACCUGAUUAGCCGGCUUAUUCAACUGCUUCCCAGUGAAGAUACUGAAAUAUUUUUGAGUGCCUCACAGUGCUUAUUAUUGCUGGUUCAGCUGUAUGGAGGGAACAAUCAGGAGAGUAUGUCUCCAGAAAACAUGAGCAGCUUUGCUGAAGUACUGAGGUCCAAAAAAGAUCCACGAGAACUUAAGCCUUUGUUGAAAAUUUUAAAGAGACUGGUAACUUCAAACAAGAAGCACUCGGAGAGCCUGAAGAAUGAUGGUGAUGCUCUUAUCCAGGCUCUAGAGAGCCUGGCCCAAAGUGCCAGCUCUCCUGCUGACAUCGCUGUCGCUUCCUUGGCAUUUGAAAUUCUGAGAACGGUGGGUCGUGAAAAUAUCAAGACUCCCCAGUGAACCAUUUCUGACCAGCCUUCUGAAACAUGUAGGUUGUGUACCCUGCCCAGCACCUGGAUCCUGCAGGAACACCUUCAGAUGAGCUGAGCAGAUGUAACUCAUUUAGCAAUUUGAGCUAAUACAGAAUUUGGGCUGGCUCAGGAAGGGAGGGAAGCUGGUUUGGGGGUGGUGGUUUGUUUUUUAAACCCCUGUAAGGAUGAAUUCUUAGUUACUGCCUUGCCUUGCUGGCAUUACAUGAUGCAGCUCAAGCAUUUGAUAGUUUGAAAGUGCAGUUAAAUAAAUAGUAGAGUUACUUCACAAUAUAAAUUGUUUCACCAUUUCAAGCUGCUGUUAGAAAUGCUCAUUUAUCUUUUGGAGCAGGAUGACUGCCUUGGCCAUUCCUCUUAAGGUGUCACCUCAUGCUUGUGACUGGCACUAGAAGAUACCUUUUUUAUCAAAAGAGACAAUAAUGUUCACCUCAAGCAACCAGAACCAACCACUGUGAUCAUAGAAGCUGUGUGUGUGGCGUGUAAGGAUGAUGGAUGUUACCCAGGUUUCUACUCAGCAGCCUUUUGUGUGCCCCUCCUUUGCCUAGCACUGCACAGCUUAAGCUGCAUGGGGUGUAAUGUUGUGCCCAGCUGCCAAUGCUCCUGGUUGCAGUUCUUUUGAGAACAGGUAUGAUAAUGACCCUGGCAGUUUGUCAAACCCUCAGCAAAAGUUGGUACCCUAGAAAAGGUCCUUUAGACCUUGCAGUUCUCAGAGUGUGUGAAGAGUUAAAUUCUCCACAUGUGCUGUGGUUGAUGAGUGUCUGUCUGUCUGUCUGUGCACCCACCAAGUGCAGGUGCCCAUGAGAACCGCUGUUCCCCCCCUGCUCUCAAAGCCCCAUUACCCAGAGUAUGUGGAUGCAAACAAACAGCCCCAACACACACGUUGUGUGUCUUACAGGAAUUUCCUUACAUUACUUCAAAUACCACUGUCUUUUAUAGCCGAAUGGCUGGAGUUACUAGAGAGAGGGAAGAGUUAAGUGUUGCCUAUUACUUGGUGUAGUGCUUUACAGUAGAAGUCAAGUAGCCAAGUGUGGCUGAGGGACAAAGCUUAAUUCCUUGUGCGAGCCCUCUCCCUCUGCAGCAGAAGGGGAAGCAGGCUGGUGUGGCUCCCUUCAGCUCUCAGCAUCUUAAGCAAGGAGCCUCUGCAGCCAGGGCCUGCUCUGAUCUCCUGCUGGCGAACUGCUGCCUGCAGUGGAAGUGCCUGGGAAUGCUGCUCCCACCGAGCUGGUGACAGCUGCACGGUGCACAAGUGCAGUCUGUGGCUGAGCCCACAGGCUCAGAACCACUGUGUCCCCUUGCAGUCACACAGGUGCUGCCUCAAGGGAAGCCAAUUACACAUGUCUCACACAGCAGCUGAACACUGAAGAUACCUGAAAAGGGCUUUGAACCAGCUGAGAGCUUGUGGGCGAAGGAUCUUUCACUGACUCUUAGUGCUGGGCCACCUCUGAGGGGAACUGAGGCGAGGCUGUUUGCCCUUAGUGAAGCUCAGAGAGAUGUGGGGCUGGCAGGCCUGGCACAAAGUGGAGUUGCCUCACAUCUGGCUAGACCUGCCCCAUGCUGAGGAACCUGCCCCAAAGCAAAGCAGGGGCAGACCGGUGCCUCAGAGGACUGCUGCAAGAAACCCUCAGGCUAUGAGGGGUAACUAUGUAACUAUGGCAGAGUGGGAUCAAAGAGGUAAAUUAUUCUUGGCUCCCUCCACUAAAGUGAUUGUGCAAGCCCAGGACUAUUUCUUAACAAAUAUACUUUGUGAUCUGAAAUAAUUUGACACAG